AUGGAAGAAAAUGAGGAAGUUUACGGAGUGACGGCGGAAAACCCCAGGAAGAAACUACGGAGGAUUUCAUCGAGGACGUCCAUUUGCAGUGUCAUCAGCGCCGCGGAGCCGUCCCCGCCAAGACUGCGGAGAAACAACUCCAAGAAGCCGCCGCUGCAGAGAGGCAGCUCGUUCACUUUCCUCGCUCCAGGCACACCGUGGGACUUCAGUCUAAAAAGAAAGCGCAAAGAGAAGGAGGAUGACACGGUCAGUCUUUCCAGCUUUGACCUUAAGGAGCCCAAUAAUAAGAGGGUGCGAUCCCUGGCCAAAGUUUCAUCCCUCGUCAACCUGAUGUCCCCAUCCAAAAACGGAGCUGUGCGGCGCUUCGGCCAGUCCAUUCAGUCUAUGUCUGUACGUGGGGAUGGGAAGUCACCCGGAACGACUCUCAAAGCCGUCAGCAAGGCCUCGGGUCCGACCCCCACCAAACGCAGGAACAGCACUCUGUGGUCAGAGACGCUGGAUGUCCACCAGAAGAGGGCUUUCUCUGCUAAGGAAAUCAAAAGACAAGAGGCAAUUCAUGAGCUUUUCCGGGGUGAGCAGGACCUCAUCGAGGACCUGCAACUCGCACGAAAGGCAUACCAUGAUCCAAUGCUCAAGCUCUCCAUCAUGACCCAGGAGGAACUGGCCCACAUUUUUGGUGAUCUGGACGCAUACAUUCCCCUCCAUGAGUACUUACUCAUGAAGCUCACAGAAGGAACCGGCCCUGAUGGAACGGUAGCUCAGAUUGGACAGAUAGUAAUAGACUGGCUGCCUGGCCUGAAUGCUUAUAAAAACUACUGCAGCAACCAGCUCGCAGCCAAAGCUCUGCUGGAUCAGAAAAAACAGGACAAGCGGGUGCAGGACUUCCUGCAGCGCUGUCUGGAGUCGCCUUUCAGCAGGAAGUUGGAUCUGUGGAGCUUCCUGGACAUCCCACGUUCACGUCUGGUGAAGUAUCCUCUGCUGUUGAGGGAGAUCCUCAGACACACUCCUCCUGAUCACCCAGAUGUCGCCAGUCUGGAGAGAGCCAUUACAAUAAUCCAGGACAUUUUGUCUGAUAUCAACGUGAGAAAGGGGGAGUCAGAGUGCCAGUAUUACAUAGACAAGCUGGAGUUCCUGGAUGAAAAGCAGCGGGACCCCCUCAUAGAUGAGUGUAGGACCCUCCUCUGUCACGGCGAGCUUCGGACCAAGAGCGGAUCGAGGCUACACGUCUUCCUCUUCUCUGAGCUGCUGGUUCUGACCCGACCGGUGACUCGUAACGACAGGAGCUGCUUCCAGGUGUAUCGGCAGCCCAUCCCAGUAAGAGACCUGGUCCUGGAGGACCUCCAGGAUGGAGAGGUCCGCUUAGGCGGCUCAUUUAGAGGGGCGUUCACGAAUGGAGAGAAAGCAAAGAAUAUUUUCCGCGUGAGCUCCGUGGAUCCGUCCCACGGCCAGACCCACACCCUGCAAGUUGGUGACGUUUACCACAAGCAGCAGUGGCUCAACUGCCUGCGCACUGCAAUCACCCAACAGCAGGGGGCUCCAGCUAGGGUCCAGCAGGAAGGGUCCAACCUCCCAUCUUCAAUCUCCCCAGGAAAGAUCUGUAAGGAAGAGACAGACGAGAACCGUCCACCAGCAGCCGCCCCUAAGCUCAGGCGCCAGACGCUCUCCAAAGGCAGACUGGAGCAGAAGUUACAGGGAUCACAAAGGAGGAAGGAAACUGGAGUGUAGACGAAUCAAAUGUUUCCUGUCAGUCAAGUCUGCGUCUCUUCUUAUGCUUGUCUUUUUAGCUGCACUGAACACCCCCGUCCAAAAUGUGUUUGUUUUUUUUAUCCAAAUUUAAAAACAUGUAUUAAGUUUACAAAAAAAAAAGAAAAAUCAAUCUUUGCCAAAUGCCUGUGUUAGUGUUAUACCACUGUUUAUCGGUUUGACUCUGUGUUUUAUGUGUUUAAACUCUGUUAUCAUGUGUAAAGCUGCCCGCUAAGUGAAUCGCUCCAAAAUAAAGGGAAGCCAAGAUAACAUCUGAGCUGUUCACAGGAAGCUACAAGCUGAAAACAUUAGCUUUUCUGCAAGGUGUGACUAUCUGCAUACAAUAAUAUGGUGAACGUUUCUUGGAAAACAGAAUGAGAUGUGUACAUAUUAGGAAUCUGUGAAAAUAUGUGACAAAAAUAAGUAAAAUCUUCCUGCUUGUUACUGUU